CAGAAGUCGUCGUAUCCGCCGGGUAGCUAAAGUGUGGAAAAUCGUUCGCGUAAAUAAUAAUAAAUAAGCGUGCGGACCGCGGUCGACGAUCUUGACAUCGAAGUUUUCAUGACCCACAUUCAAUUAACCGCCUUUAUCCAGCUUUUUGUAACAAAGAAAAACUUCAACGGAACUUGGAUUUCUACGACCUCGCCCGUGUAUCUUAUCAACAGGUAGUUUUGAUGAAGUCAUCAGUCAUCACCGCGCGCGCGAUUAAAAUUCCAAAAAGUGAAAGUGGGCAAUUAACGCCAAGAAAAAUUGAUUAGCCGCUCAUUGAUUUCGCGCGACGCGAGGGGGGGAGGCACCUGAUAAAAGAAUGUAACGUAAUCGCCUGCUUCAUACAAAUAUUGAACUUUGCUACCCUACUUCCUGGUUUAAUAUAACAAUUCGUGUCAGUGUAAUUUUUAGUUAGUCAUCUGCUAUGAGCGACGACUCAUUAUCCGUUUAGUGCUCGAACCUCGCGCGCGCGUCAAAAUGGACGAAGAUUUCGAAAAGAUUUAUCAGGAGAUUGAGGAUCACUACAACAUCGAGUUGAGACAGGACUCGAUUCGGAAGAGUUGGGAGAAUUACUGGGCUUGUGAGCAGUCGAUCGCAAGUGCUCGUGCUAGUGUUAUGGUCUACGACGAUGUUAACAAAAAAUGGGUUCCGUCGGGCUCGUCUUCGGGACUGUCCAAGGUGCACAUCUACCAGCACACCGUACAGCAAACCUUUCGGGUGGUCGGACGAAAAUUGCAAGAUCACGAGGUUGUCAUCAACUGUGCCAUUUUAAAAGGACUGAAAUACAACCAGGCGACCGCGACGUUUCACCAGUGGCGAGACAAUAAACACGUUUACGGACUGAAUUUCAGCUCGAAAGAGGAUGCCGAUCAAUUUGCACGGGCCAUGUUUCACUCUUUAGAAGUACUUAGUAAUAUAGUUCGACAAGCACCGCCAUCAACACAGUCUUACCCUCCGCCGAUAACGCAGCAGCAGCCGUACGACGAAGACAUGGGCUAUCGCACGAUGACCCGCGAGGACGUCGCGAGCAUACAGGAGAGGCGAAUAUCGACGUCGCUGAUGUCGCCCCAACAGCAGACCUUGCCGAUGAUACCUCAAAAUAAUGUGCCUGUAGCACCGGUUAUGCCUACAGUUCCGAUCGCGCCGAGUCCCGUCUCGCCCCCGUCGGCGACCGCCGGACACCAGCGCACGGCGAGCGCGCCGCCCGCCCCACCGCCGCCGCCGACGGGCGCGCCCGCCGCGACGACGAUGCCGAUGGGCCCGACCGCCGCGGCGCCGCCACCGCCUCCGCCGCUGCCGAGCAACAUCUCGCGGUCGCAGAGCAGCGACGGCGGCGAGAUCAACUCGUUAGCGGCGCAGUUGCAGAGCGCACGACUGAAGAGGAACAGCAAGAACACACCCCCUCCUACGGAAAAUAGUGGAUCGUCGACGAGUAGUGGGGGAAGUAGUAAUUAUGGUACGUUGGGACGCGGAGGAGGCGGUAGUAUGGCCUCUAUGAUGGACGAAAUGGCCAAAACUUUGGCAAGGCGACGAGCUGCUGUUGAGAAGAAAACUGCGGACAUAGAGGAGGACGAAAAGAAAGCAACGUGGGAGAAGACCAACACCUUACCGAACAACUCGUCAAAAUACGCCGAAUCGCCCAAAAGCGUCAGGAAAAGGUUCGGCUCGGCGUCCGAAGAGACGAUACUGAAAGUGAACGGACUGUCGGACAGUAUGACGCUCGGGCCGACCGAGCUGGAGUCUCUCAAAAACGACAUAGUCAAAGAAGUCAAAAAAGAGAUGGCCAAAAUGAAGCAAGACAUUAUAGAUGCAAUUAAAUCGGAAUUGAACCGGAGGUAAUUUACAUAAGUAGCAUCAACCGUAAACUCGUCGUCGAAACCAUUGACUGUAUUAUUUAAUCCAUAUUUGCAACGUAUUCAACUGUACGUUACUGUAAAAAAAUUUUCAUGUUUCCUAUCGGCUGUUCUGUAUAUAACGUAAUAAUUUACGAUUUGUUAAUGUCUAUAAGUAAUGGAUUGGGCAAGGUUUUGCUUCUAGUCUGAGUAAAGAAAUAUAAUUGACGUAUUCCGGUACAGAACAGCUUUUAAUAUAGUGCUAUAUAGAUGUUAUGAAUAUAGAGCACGUUGUAGUAAUUUAUUUUAACGAUUGAUUUCUUGGUGAAUCCUGCGCUUCGCGAGGACGCGCCUUUCGCCGCUCACAUUCCGUUAUGAAGGUCGCGGCGCAUCCUCACGAACCUUUCCACGCUGUAAAUACUUAUCCAAUAAUAAUUUAAGGGACUUCCAAAAACAAUUUUAUUUAUUUUUAUUUUAUAAACUGUAGCUUAGAAAAUAGUCGACGUUAAAGCAUCGUGCAUUUCUACCCGUAACCUUAAACGUACAUUUUUUCGUUUUUAACAAUUUUUUAACCGAUCGUCAUCGCAAUCGUUGUGAUCAUUUGUGCCAAUAAAAUAAUCGCGUGCAUCUGUCGUAGAGAUGCACGAUGCGAGGCCUAAAAGGAGGUGAUGCACAAUUUUUCUCUGGGGGAAAGACGCGAAGGCGGUGUGUUCGAUAGUAAUAUUGUCAAGUUAAAAAUAGCUGCUUAAAUUAGUUUAGUGUUCGCCCGUCAUGUAUACAUCGAACAAGAAUUCAAAAAAAGAAAAACAAAAUUCAUUGUCGCAUUUUAUACGAAACCGUAACAUAUAAUGUGAGGGAAAUUUUUUAAUGGAAAACUUUGUUUGAAAAUCGCCACAGCUUGAAAACGUACGUUAGUAAUAUUCCGAUUCAUUUUUAUGAUAAAAAAAAGAACAAUUUGUGAUAUUUUAUCGGCAUUUAUUUUACUGAUGUUUUUAAAAUUUAUAGUUAUUAGUUUAUGUGUGGUUUUUCUAUGAACAUGUUUUAUAAUAAUAAUAAUUUUGUAUUGUGAUCUCAAGAGAAGCAAG